AUGUUGAAGGCUGUAGCACAGUCAGCGAGCAAACGAAAACACUUUGUCGAAUUUGCAAUUGCAUUUCUUCGCAAACAUAAUUUUGAUGGAAUUGAUUUGGAUUGGGAAUAUCCCAUCGGGGUUGCCUCAGAUCACGCCACUCUUGUCAAGGAGUUAAAAGAGGCAUUCGUGAACGAAGCAGUGAGAUCCGGAAGGGAAAGACUUCUUCAAACAGCUGCUGUUUCGGCUGGAAAAGAUACAAUUGAUGCAUCUUACGAUAUUCCUUCACUGAAAAGGUAA